UAUGUUUUGUUUUUGAUUGUGUAAGAAUAUUUUAGAGCUCUCUCAACAUACAAAAUCUGAUGCAGCCACUCCUAGACUGUUCAAAGGCACCGCCUAGCCUAGGGUUUUCCCUCAAUUCCUCUUCUUAACGUAACUGUAGGACUUUCCUGCUCUCACAAAUUCGAAACCUUCCGUUCCCUCUCAUCAAAAUCCCCAUCAACGAUCGCUGCAAACCCACUCCCAAUUUUCAAUCUCCACUGUACAAUUCCUGGUUUCAGUUUUCACUCCACCGUGUCUUUCCCAGGAAUGGAUCUUGAAGGUAGAAAGUUUGGAAGGGGGCCUAGGGAACUUAGUGGUGCUGUUGAUCUCAUAAAUCAGUAUAAGCUGUGGCCUCAUCAUGAAUUCUUUUGCAAGAGACCACUUCCUUUAUCAGUGUCGCAGACUCAUUAUCUACGCAAUGUGGUGGGAGACACAGAAAUUAGGAGAGGAGAAGGGAUGGAAUUAGAUCAGCUCUCGCAGAGUACUUCCUAUUUGAGAGAGAGGAAUGCACAUAUACAUCCUUUUGACUUGGAUGCACUGUGGGAAGCCUUUCAGAUGAGAGAGACAACUCCUGUCUACCUGACUGAUUGUUACCUGGGGGAAGGAGAGUGGGGUGAGGUGUUGCUCAAGGCCUGUUCUGAUGCUGAGAAGGGGAUGCCUAGUGCAGGGGCGAAGUCAAAUGAUGACUCCAGAGACCAGAAGAGGAAGCAUAAGAAGCACAAGGACAAAGACAAGAAGAAGGAUAAGGAUCAUAAGAAGCACAAACACCGCCACAAAGACAAGAGUGAUGAUAAGGAUAAAAAUAGAGAUGGACAUCUUGAUUUGAAACUGCAAGACAAGAAGAGGAGGCAUGAAGGAAAUGGAGAUCUUUUUGAUAGUCGCAAGCAUCAAAAAGCCAGAACUAUUAAAUAAUUGCAACAGCCUAACUAAAGGUUGUUGUCCGAAAACAAUUCACUUGGGCUUGGUUGGAUAUUACUUUAUGUUCUCAAAAAUCUUCAGGUACGUAUCUCCCACUUGAAAAUCAAGAAGAAAGAUCAAAAUAAUAAAAAAAUUAAAUUACUGUAGAAUACAACAAAAAUUCUUAUCCAGGUACUACAACUUUUAUUUCUUAAGAAGCUUAUUAUUCUCUUUGACAUUUGUUUAGACUUUCAAGUGCGUUUAGUAGGGUUGGAAGAGUGACAGGUUAGGGAAGGAUGAAGAGAUGUUUGAUAUCUUCUCUUGUUUAGAAUAUAAGAGUGGAAGAAUGGAAAAAAAAGAGAGAUGAUUAUUUUUUAUCUGGGCCCAUCAGUUUUAAUCUUCCCAAAAUAGGAGGAAAAUAGGGUAGAAAAUGUCUUACAUGGGUGAUUUGAUAUCUUUAUCAUUCUAGUUUGUUAAAAACAAUUCAAUACAAGGAUAAAAUAAUAUAAGAUUGCUUUGUUUUCUUUGUACUUUUUUAUCCCUCCUACCAAACAUUUAUGAUAGAAAAUAUUAAUCUCUUAUUUCCUAUCUUUUUUAUUUUUAUUUUUCAUUCUUUUUUUAUUUCUUUUCUUUCACUUUUCUGUCCUUCCAACCAAAGCCAACCAAAGCCUAAGGCCACUGUUAAAUCUAAGGCAAAGUGUUUUGGAUCUUUUAGGAUUGUUUUCAAAUUCUUCCAAUACAUAAAAUAAUUAAUUUUGACGUACUUAAAAAAAGUUCUUUUAAAAUAAAAAAUAAAAAUGUAAAUCCAUACUUUUUUACUUCUUUAUCCCUGCAUUCAAGCAGCCAGAACUAGAAGGCAUGUGAACUUCCUAUAUAUCAGUAAAUAUUGAACAGUAGAACCUCUUUGACUGCUAUAAUGUGUACGUUCUUUAAAUUACUAAACAACCUGGGAAAACUGAUUCUCUUUGGGUUAACUUGACUUUACUCUGGAUACUACAAAGAGACUUCAAUAUUUACUUCUCCUGAUAUUUUAUACCGCAGUCGGCAGUGCUUUACCAGUUUCUAAUUGACUUGUGUUGCCAUUUUCAAAUUUGUGAAGAUUUUACAAAUUGAUUACAUCUUGGAGGUAACAUAUGAAAAAUUUCCGGCUAGGAUGGAUUGAAAAGCUAUAUGAAUUUUGAAAAUAAGAACAAUCAUAGGGAGAUCAGAAAAAGCUGUAUGAUUUUUAUUUUUUGACGAGUUUAAAAAUAGCUAUGAUAUCACCUGUUAUUUAUGCAUGAUAUGUCCCCUGAUUUUUGCUAAAGCUCAUCUCUGUACUCCUUGACUGCAGUUUUCUUCUCUUGAUGCAGAGAAGUGCAGAGCUGAUAGAGGUUAUCAAUUGUCUCUUGUUUAUUUAUUUUUUUUGACAGGGUGAACCUGACACUAUAUGUGAUAACAAUUAAUUGGAACUGGCAACUACUCUAUAUGUCUAGGUGUUACAAUAAUUUAGUUCUGAACUCUUUGCAGCACCUAACCAGUGCAUCUCA